UGUUCCUAGAGGAUUGUUUCUUUAGUACGGGCAAAUACGAGUACUUGAGGUCCUCUUGAAUCCAGAAUUCCGAUAAUUGGCCAGUACUGAGCACAAUCGUCGAAAAUGACAUCGAACGCGGAAGAUUUGCAGAAGCUGGAGGAGGAGGCAGUCGCCAGAGGCACGAAGUAUGUUGCGAAUCUCCUGCAGCGACCGGGCCAACUGGAGAAGAUUGACAUGUACAAACGACGGAUUGCUAGGAAGAAGGCAUCCGUCGAGACCAUGCUGAAAACCGCGAUGCAGAGCCAGUUGGACGGAGUCAGGGUCGGCUUCGAGCAGUUGCAGAGCUCUCUGGAAAGUAUUGCCACUACCAAAGAUGAUUUGGCUCAUAUUGACCAGCUGUUUAACUCGGUUGUGAAGCUCAGCUCCAAGCUACAGCCUGUACAGGAAGAGAACAUGCGUUAUUCUCAAUACGUCAUUGCGAAAGAAAAUCUAAAGCAUAUAUUCACUGUUCCUGAGAGCGUGGAGAAGACAAAACAGUGGAUAAACGAAGGUAAACUACUGCACGCGCAUCAGAGUUUGAUGGAUCUUGAAACUUCCAGGGAUGAAUUACUGUACGAGCUUCACAAAUUGCCAAAUCAGUCGUCUGCUGACAAGGUUAUGUUGAAGGCUUAUUUCGAAGAUGUGGAAAUGCUUUCACAGCUUAUGGAAAAGCAAAUAAAACUGGUACUGAGUCGUACUUUAAACACAGUCAGGAAAGAACCUACUGUCAUAGUGACGCCUUUGAGAAUUAUAGAGAGGGAGGAGAAAGCAGAUCAGUUUGCUAUUCAAAGACACAAGCAGAGUGGAUUUAAGACGCCAGGUAGACCUAAAAAAUGGAAGGAGAUGGCAAUGAAGGUAUUGGAAAAGUCAGUUGCCAACAGAAUUGAGGGGACUCAGGUAGAGGAGAGGGUUGACAACAAAAUGUGGCUAGUAAGGUACCUAGAACUUACGAGACUUCUUAUCCUUGAAGAUUUGAGAGUGGUUAAAACUCUAUGCAAACCUUGCUUUCCACCCUGGUAUGACAUAGUAAGGACUUUUGUCAAAAUGUAUCAUACCAGUCUGUCCCAACACUUAAAGGAUAUAAUUGCCGGUGGACUGGAAGGAAAUGAAUAUGUUUCUCUAUUGGCAUGGAUUAUGAAUACUUAUACAGGACCGGAGUUGAUGCAGCAUCCUGAAUUAAAUAUCGAUACAUCCGAUAUAGGUCCACUGCUUAGUCCCGAGAUGAUAAAUGAUCUUCAGGAGAAAUAUCUGCGGAAUAUGUGUCAGAAUUAUGAGGAUUGGAUGAGGAAAACGCUGGAAACAGAGAAGCUUGAUUGGAGAAGCGGUAUCUUGCCUGACAGCAGCACCCAGGAGCUAUAUUACCAUACCGCUGCACCGGUUAUCAUAUUUCAAAUGAUCGAUCAAAAUCUUCAAGUUGCAAAAACCAUUAGUUCUGAUUUGACGGUGAAAGCCUUGAUUUUGUGUAUUGAUCAAGUGAUCAAAUAUGGAUCUAUGUAUAGACAGGCAAUACUAGAAUUUAAAACAAAGCAUUUUGAAGACAGAAGCCAGGUUCCUUACUUCACUCAUCAUAUGAUCACAAUAGUCAAUAACUGCAUACAGUUCACAGAGUUGGCACAGCAGAUGAAGCAGCUUUUUUGGGUUCCCAAUACUAUUGGUGACAUUACAGUGAAAUUCGAGAGUCUCUUGGCAAACUAUCAAUAUCUAAGAAACGAAGCCGCAGCUAUUCUACUCCAAGAAUCUUUCCUAGAUCUGGAGCUGCAUUUCCAGGAUUUAAUCACACUCAAAUGGCUGUCGUCGCCUAUUCCAGUAGAAACCAUCUGUGUCACUUUGGAGGAUUACUUUCAGGAUUACAAUCACCUGAGCCCUAAGAACUUCGAGUACGUCAUCACCGAAGCACAGAAUCUUAUCGCAAAGCGUUAUAUAUCUGCGAUGCUACAGAGAAAGAUCUCCCUGAAGACCUACGACGAGUGCCUAACGUGUACAUCAAAAAUAAUGACAGAGGCGGACAAAUUAAAGAACUUCUUCGACAGAAUUGCGCCAAAAGUCGGAAAUUUUAAUUCGCCGUUUGAGAUAAUAAAACGUCUCGCUGAAGUGUUGAGGUGCGAGGAUGCAGAGAUUCUCUCUCUCGAUUUGCAUUCACUGGUCGAAAAAUAUCCAGACAUGACGGAGGAUCAUCUCAUCAGAUUGCUUGGCCUGAGGGGCGACAUAUCGCGAGCAGAAGCGCGAGGAAAGGUCUCGUACAUCAUGGAGGCUCAACGAAAUCGAAAGCCUGUACAAUCUAUGACAAACAGCAUAUUCAAGCAGAUAGUUAUACAGGAUAGCUUCCUUGGCUGGAAACCUUGAGAUUGGAAGAAUUUAUAUGAGACAAAAAUAUGGAACACUAAUGAUUCUUCUAUGUAGCACCACAUUGUUCUUCCAAAUCAAAUGUUUUUGUUUAUACAACAAUGAAUGAUA